CGGGCGCAUCGCUUUAAAGAACCAGAACCUUAACAACCUCUUUCUUACUCCGUAAAUAUAACACUGCGACAAUUCCAACACCUUACGACACCUUACGAAAUACGACUAAUUCCCCACCUUAUACCCUUCAUAUUCUAUAAACAUAAUCAUCCUAAAACGCCAAUACCGUCAAGAUGUCUGACGACGAGGAUUUCAUGCAAGAGUCCGAUGAGGAGCAGUAUGACUUCGAAUAUGAGGAUGAAGAUGGCGUUGAAGACUCCGGCGACGUUGCCAUCGAUAAUAAAUACUACAACGCGAAGCAGAUCAAGGAUGACGACCCCGAAGAAGCACUCAAGGAGUUUCUAGGCAUUCCCGAGCUCGAAGCUGAGAAAGGUGAUUGGGGAUUCAAAGGAUUGAAGCAAGCAAUCAAACUAGAAUUGCGACUUGGACGAUACGAUGAGGCCGUGGAGCACUACACCGAACUCCUCACAUAUGUCAAGUCCGCCGUGACGCGAAACUAUUCGGAGACAUCCAUCACAAAAAUGCUAGAUUAUAUCGAGAAGGAGUCGGAGAAUGAGGCAGCAAGAAAGGCCGUGGAGCAAUUCUAUUCCUUAACGCUGAACUGCUUCCAGACUACAAACAACGAGCGCCUAUGGCUCAAGACCAACAUCAAGCUCGCAAAACUCCUCCUCGAUCGGAAAGAAUACCUCGCGGUAACUAAAAAACUUCGGGAGCUGCAAAAGGUCUGCCAGCGCGAAGAUGGCACGGAUGACCCUAGCAAAGGCACUUACUCUUUAGAGAUCUACGCCUUGGAGAUCCAGAUGUACGCCGAGACGCGUAACAACAAACAACUUAAGGUUCUUUACCAGAGAGCUCUUAAGGUCCGCUCUGCGGUGCCUCAUCCGAAAAUCAUGGGAAUCAUUCGUGAAUGCGGAGGCAAGAUGCAUAUGAGCGAAGAGAACUGGAAAGAUGCACAAAGCGACUUUUUCGAGUCAUUUCGCAAUUACGACGAAGCUGGAUCCCUUCAGCGAAUUCAAGUCCUCAAAUAUCUCCUCCUCACCACCAUGCUCAUGAAAUCCGACAUCAACCCCUUUGACUCUCAAGAGACGAAGCCUUACCGCAACGAUCCACGCAUUGCCGCCAUGACUAAUUUAGUAGACGCGUACCAGAGGGACGAUAUGGAGACGUACGUCAACGUACUACAGAACAAUCAGGACAUUUUGGCGGACCCAUUCAUCGCCGAGAAUAUUGACGAGGUUACUCGCAAUGUGCGUACCAAAGCCAUAGUGAAGCUAAUCGCACCUUAUACUCGCAUGAAACUCGCCUGGAUUGCUCGGCAACUCAAGAUAUCAGAGGCCGAAGUCCAAGAUAUUCUCGGUUUCUUAAUAGUAGAUGGCAAGGUCAAGGGGAAGAUUGACCAACAGACAGGAAUCCUCGAAAUAGAGUCAGGUGGUGAUGCCGAACGAGUACAGGCUAUGGACUCCUGGGCUACAGCUCUAUCUGGCUUCUACACUACCAUGUUCAAGGACGGCGAGGGCUUUAAAAUCGCAGAUGCCUCCUCGGCAGACGAUGCGGCAUUAGGCUCGAUAUUUGCUAAUGACGGCGGCCGACAGCGAGGGUUUCUUCCAAGAGCGAAGAGGCCGGGUAAGGGGCUCUUUAGUUAGAACAUGCAUUCGGUCUUAUUUGGGGGGGACAAAAUGAAUAGGGGCACUCCAACGACUGGGCUGGAGGAUAACCAAGUAAAGAGGGUGCGGUGAUAAAGGCCUCUGGCCGAUCCUACCAGCCUUGCUGUAAUGAGCCUUCGCGGAAUGUUUUAUGGUUAGACGAUUACCACAUACCCUCUGCAUGGUUGCAUAUCAUUUUGUGUAUGCUUCCUUUCCAUGCAUUAUAGCAUGUCUACCUACUUUAAGCCUAGGUAGAUAAGCCGAAGGGCGGUGACUCUGCCUAAUGAGAUUAUGCUUGAGAUGACGAAGCUUUGCAGAUAUGAAUAAAAUCCCUUAUUAUGAGU